AUGGAGGCCUUAGCUGGGCCUCCAGGUCCUGCAGCGCGAGCAGCAGCAGCAGCAACAGCUGCGGACAGAGUGUACACUGCACAGCAGCAGCAGCAAACACUCAGUCCCCAGCUGCAGCCGACUUGGUUGGGCGAGCUGCAGCAACAGAAGCAGCAACAGCAGCAGCAGAAACAGCAACAGCAGCAGCAGCACUUAACAUUCUCUCCAAAGCCUGCUGUGCAGUGGCAUCGGAGCAGCAGCACUGAACAAAACUACCACCAGCAGCUGCUGCAGCGGCAGCAGCAGCAGCUGCUACAGCAGCACCACCAACAGCAGCAGCAGCAGCUGCAGCAGCAGCAGCGUAGUCAGCCGCAGCAGCGCCAGAAUAUCCACGAAGAAGUAGAGCGCCUGCGGCAACAGCUGGCGCAGCAGCAGCUUCAGCUACAGCAACAGGACCUCCCCCUGCAGCAGCAGCAGCCCGCUGCUGCUCACGACCUUCAGCAGCAGGAGCAACAGCAGCAGCAGGAACGGCUGCAGCCGCACCAGAUACAAUUGUCUGCUGCACCCGUACCUGCUUGCUACAGAGGAGCCGCUCUCCUGUCUGCUGGCAGCCGCAGCUCUGCAGCAGCAGCAGCAGCAACCGCAGCAGCAGGCUGCAGCUGCGGCGGUGUCCCGGCAUACCCUUGCACAGAUCCCUCAUGGCACCUUCAGCACCACGCUGAGACGCACCCUGCUGCUGCUGCUGCAGCAGACGCAGUAGCAGCAGCAGCAGCAGCAGGAGACCCAGCAGCAGCAGCACGAGGGUGGCUAGGCGGCAGCCCGCAGCACAUAAGCAGCAGCUGCUGCUGCAGCAGCGAGGAGCUGCGGGACUUGGGGCCCUGCGGCGUGGACGGGUGCUGGUGUUCUGCUGCUGCUGCUGCUGCUGCUGCUGCUGCGCCAGGCACGGUGUGUAUGUUCAGCUCCCGUUUAAAGGUUCGUAUUGCAACGCAGGAGGACUGCAGCAACAGCAGCAGCAGCAGCAACAACAUUGGAUAUGCUAGAAGCCUGUGCUUCAGGCUGUACAAAGAUAACGAGGUUGUUGAUCUUGUGAAGGAAUGCAUCGCUGACGCCGCUGCAGAGCCGAUGCAGCAACGGCUUGUUGCAGUGUUGGUUCUGUCUCCAGAGGCUGCUGCUGCGCAGGCUGCUGCUGCUGCUGCUGCGGGUUUGUCUGGAGCCUCCACUGUUGCUGCUGCUGCAGCAACGGCUCUGUCUUCUGAGGAGACGCCUGCAGCAGCUGCAGCAGCGAGGCGCGCGGUGGCAGCAGCAACAGCAGCAGCAGCAACUGCAGCAACAGCCAAAGGGCCUCCUGCUGCAGCUGUGCUGCGUCUCAUAGAGACAAAUGCAUUUAGAGAGUUAAUUCAUCUCUACUUCGACUUGAAAGCAGGGACAGCUGCUGAGGUGUACAGGCACCUCACAUCUCACCUCCAGUACUUCCAGCGUCACUGCGCGACGUUUCGGGGUGCUGCAGCGGACCUCCAACGAGAAAACCGCCAGCUGCUGCUGCUGCUGCAGCAGCAGCAACAGCAGACAGAGGCGUCCCUGGUGCAGCUCGCGCAGCAGCAGCAGCAGCAACAGGAGGAAGCAGCUGCUGCUGCAGAGGAGCAGCAGCGGCAACUGUUGCUGCACCACCAGCAGCAACAGCAGCAACAGCAACAGCAGCACGAGGAGCAGUGUCACCAUCUCACGCAGCGGCUGCAGAGCGCAGAGCAACGAGUGCUGCAGCUGGAGGCCACUGCUGCGGAGCAGCAGCAGCAGCUGCAGGUGGUGGAGCAACAGUUGGGUGAGGCGCGUGCUGCUGCUGCUGCUGCUGCAGCAACUGAAAAGGCAGCGCAGCAAGCAGCAAGGCAGGCGCAGCAGCAGCAGCAGCUGCAGAUGGAAGAGCUGCAGCGUCUGCAGCAGCAGAACAGCAGAUUGCAGGAGCAGGUGGAGGAGGCGACUGCAGCAGCACAGCGUGCGGAGCAGCAGCAGCAGGAGCGCAGCAGCCAGCAGCAGCAGCAGCAGCAGGAGCUGCAGCAACUCAAAGCAGAGCAUGCGGCUCGUGCUGCUGAAGUCGAUCAUCUCCUAAGGGAAUUAGAGCGCGCUAUGCAAGAAGCACAGGCGAAGCUUAAGGAGCUGGAAGACGCGCAGCAGCAGAGGGAGCAGCAGCAGCAAAAGCUGCAGCAGCAGCAACAGCAACAACAGCAGCAGCAGCAAAUGCUGCAUGCAGAAUGUCAAAGCCUCGCAUCCCAAGUCCAGAGGCUUCAGGCGGAAUUAGAGGCAUCGAAAGAAAUGAACGCGCGCCUCAACAAGGAGCUGACGUCGCGCCAGCUGCAGCUGUACCUUGAUCGCUACUCCGUGCCGCAGCAGCAGCAGCAGCAACAGCAGCAGCAGCAGGACAAGCACUCAGCAACAGAGACAGCCUCUGCUGCCUUCGCUACCGCCUCACCUAGCAUGCCUCCCUCUCCUCGUCAGCAGCAGGCGCAACCCUCAGUGCAGCAGCAGCUUCUGAUGCGGCAGCAGCAGCUUGCAGCAGCAGCAACAGCAAUGCCAGCAGCAGCAGCAGCAGAGUCAACCGCGAAGCUGCUCGCUGCGCUACGGCCAAUGCCCGCACCGUCUCGCCGCACGUAA